GUUGCUAGUUUUCCUGGGCCAGUUCUGCAGGCACAGUUUAAAUCACGAGUCACAAGUCCAAAUAUUUUUUUUUUAAAAAACUUUCUAGUGACCUUAAUGUGGGGCUUUCAGUGUUGUGAGUGGUGUUUGUGUAAGGUUUCCAGAGCUGCCAGCCAAAGCAUCCGUGCGAUUUAAAGGCCACUCAGAUGAGCAGGGUGGCCUAGGUGAUAGAGCAUUGCGCUAAGGCUCUGGAAACCUGAGUUUUAUUCCUAGCUGUGCUACUGGCCUGUUGGGCAACUCUGAGCACCUGUGUCCCCUCUGUGAGCUUUAGUUUCCUCAUUUGUAAAAUAGGGAUAAUGACACUCCCCUGCAUUGCAAAGCAUUUUGAAGUGUUUUGAUGAAAAGCUCUGUAUUAUGAGCAAUGUAUUGUAGCAAAGUGCAAAGUUUAUUUCUCUCCUCUAAUCCCAAAUUGCUUUUUCUUUUUGAGAUUAGGUAUCAUGGGCCCAGAGCAAGGAGGUGCGCAGGAGGAAAAUGUGAUCCUGAUAAGUGAUGAUGAAGCUGAGAGUCCUCUCGGGAACUCAGUCCUGUUAGUUGAGCCAUUACAAAAACCUAUUCUGGAAGACAAGAAAGCUGAAGAAAUUGUGGAUGAGGAAUGUGAACUGGUAGUUACUUUCUGUAAACAAGGGAAAGUGAUGCCUCAUGGAAGAUAUGACUGUAUGACACACCCAUUUGAGCGAGCAGAGAGUGAAACACGUUCACCCCUUGAGAACAAUGCCAAUAUCUGUGAUCAGUGCUACUGCUACAUUUGUGAUAAGCUAGCUUCUGAGUGCCAAAACUGGACAGCCCCUUCUCACUGUCACUGCAAUGCACAUAACAAAAGCACAUUCUGGAGAGACCAGCGUGGUUUGGCCUUGGCUGGUGUUCUCGUGAUGUUCAACUUGGAGCUCACAGAUAUAGAUGCAGACCUUCGACAUGGUGGAAACCUUCUGAUAAAAUUUGUUCAUGAACUUUCAGUGGAAUAUAACAAAUAUCUGGUUGGUGAGAGAGUGUCUCCCAAUUCACAUGAAUGUUUCUGUCACCCAAAACGGGGACCUGGGCAAUGUAAUAUCUGCAGACAGCGCCAUGUGGAGCUUAGAUACAGAUAUUCUGGCGUUUUUGCACUGGUGACAACAUUUUUAAAUCAGGCAGAAAAAGAGAAUCCUAAAGCUGCUGCUGUCAUGCUCCUGGGAGCAGCCAAAGAAAUAGCUCUUCAUAAGGACCCUGCUCAGAACUUGCAAAACCUUGGUGUCUCUGAAUCUUUGAGGAUGGCUGUACCUUGUCUAAUGGAAAGGAUUACAACACAACUUCAGAGGAUGCUCGUGCUGUGUGAAUUUCCAAAAGUUGUGUAUGAAAAAUUCAUUAGUUUUUUCCAGACUAUCUCACUUCCCUGUCACUGCUAUGCCUUCUCAAAUAGCCUAAAUGUAGUGCCAUGGGAUCAUGGAUUACUGACAACUGUCUUAAAAGGCCAGAACAUCACUGGUCAAAGAACACAGAAAGGAAAGAAAGUAUUUCUGUGGGAAGUACUUCCUGUCAUACAGGCUCGAGUAGAAAAAAUGGAAAACCAGGGACAUUAUAAGGAAAUAGUUCGCUACUUGAAAGCUGUGAAAUGCAAUGACAUUCUAGGGUUAAGAAAGCUUAGAGAUAAAAUUCCAUUCUACUUGUGCAAAAGUGGAGACUUCAUUAGUGCUGUACAUUCAUUGUUGCUUCCCUUCAAUAACCUUGCAUGCUGUACCGCCUGCCGGAUAACCCCUUUCCAGUUUGAGAUCUACCUAAAGAUGUUCAGAACCGGGAGUGUUCCCUGUGGAAAUAAUUUUCAUGACCCUGGAGAGUGGAUUUCAAAUGGUUCUCCUGUGAAGAACUCUGUUCUAAUUAAGCAUGCACUCAGACUCCUUUACUGCAAUCUGUCAUUAUACAGAAAUCCAAAAUGCUGGAGCUCCCUCAUCAUGGUUUUGGGCAGUAGCACUACUCUGGAGAAAAAUGGGCAUCUAAAUGCUGUCUCACUGAAAGAGCCACCACAUGAUUUCCAAGAGAUGGUGGUUUCUCUAUCGUGCAUUCUUCUAAAUGAACUGAAGACAAAAGUCAAUGUUUCUCUGCCAUCAAAUGUAUUUUCUGGUCCUUUACAGCUUGAGGCUUGUCUUAUCCUCACAGUGCAAGCAGUGCAGCAGAUGCUCCUAAAUGACCUUACAUACUUGAGUUCCUUUCUGGAAAUAACGCUGGCUUUCGGGAAUAACUUCUGGGCUCUGAGGUUAUUAUUAAAUGGCCUUUCCUGUGAAGAACACAUUCUCCAUGGCACUAUUAACUUGCUUCUGAGAGAUCUGAAUUUUCAGAAGGCAACUAUGUUGCAUCUAUGGAAAAAACUUGGUCCUCAAUAUGUGGGCGAACUGCUCUGCCUGUACCUGACUUGCAGAAAUAGAAAGAUGCAGUCCAUUGGCAUCUUCAUCAUCCAUUUAAUUAGUGAGAACCUGUAUAGGUGUCCGUGGGCGAAGCAUCUUUGCAACUUCCUGAACACAGGAUUACGGAAGCUGCCUCUUGGUACCACGACUGAUCAUGAAGUUGCCAAGUUCAUAGCUGUUUUGGAAAAAUUGUAAUGCUCUUAGAGGGUCUCAAGAAUUCUCUAACCUGCUGUAUAACACCUUCCAAUUGCUUGCCUUUUGUUAGUUCCCCUCAGUAAAAAUAUUCAGCCUACAAGCUGAUUUACAAACAUUUUUAAAAAUCCCAUCCAACCCUAGACUUGUGUGUUGAAUGGAGGAGGUGUUUAAGCCGAAAUGUGCUUAAUGCUUUCUCCCUUCUUGCUGGCGCAUGCUCUAGCAGUUCUCUGCAAUCUGGCUUUCAUGGAAUAUAACUUAACAUACCUACAGGGCUGCUUAUUCUGUGGAAGUGCCGAGAAAGCAACAGACAUGUUCUCUACCAUGACACAUGCAUGCAGAUCUGUGAUGUCAGCAGCAGAGGACUUUCUGAGGGAGCAAACAGCUCCUGGAUAAGGGAAACUGUUCAUUCAUGGUCCUGCAAAAAUUUAUGAUAAUAGUGUGUGCCCUUUGGAAUCCCUCCUGUAUGUGGCAUCUAAUUAUGUAUGUGAACCACUUGUUUUGAUGAGUACCUCCACUCUCCAUUUUCCUGGAUUUCUCCAAUCCCAAGUGCUCAUCAGAAACUAGAAAUGAUUCUAAUGCUGUAAAUUAAUAGCUAGUUUGUAAACAGAAAUUUUAACUUUCAGGUGUGUCAGACUCAGCUGGUUUUUGAUGUAUUGCAGUUGAUGGCUAUUUGACGGGUGCUAACAAGUCUGGGUUACUUGAAUUGCUAUCAUAAGUGUAGUUUAACAGUUGACUUUAAAACUGGAUGUAGAACUAGAGAAAUCUAAUUCAGUAGAAAGUACAGUCUGACUACAAUUUCUUUGACAUCUUUCCAUGUUGGGAGUGAAGGGAAUAAAUGUUGACAUAUCCAUGUAUUUUAUUUUGCAUAUUUAAGGCUUAUAAUGGCUUUUACUGCUUAUUCGUGCCAAGUUCAGCUAAAUUAUUUUCUUUACAAAAAGACUUUUAUUGAAGUUUUGUCUUUUUAAAAAAAAGUGAAAAUGUGGAUCUAAACCCCUUGUAUAAAGCGUUAAAUAAACGGUAACUAUUGUAGUACUCUC